AUGCUUCAAAGCAACAUCACUGGAGACGCCUUCGACAUGGAAUUCAACGAUCUCGACCUGGUACUCGAUGAUGGUGACGAGCAGGGGAUUGAAGGCACCGGUUCGGCGGACAUCACAAUGAAGGACGAUGAUGUACAAGAACAAGGGCCGCGACCAGACGAUUCGGGCGUCCAGAAGAGCGCGACAAGCGCAGUGACUGAUUUUACCAGGAGACGCAAUUGGACGCAGCGAAUCCUAGCUGAGAUGCAAGAUAUACUGAUUGUGCUGAGCCCGGAUGGGAAAGUCUUGUAUUGUUCGCCUGCAAUCGAACCGAUUACGAAAUACGAACCAAAGGACCUAGACGGCAGGUUUGUUUCUGAGUUUGUGCAUGAUGAUGACCGAACGUCUUUUAUUCGCGAGUUCAAUGAGUCAAUUGCCACAGGACAUCGUCUGAGAUAUCAUUUUCGCUUCCGAAAGCCAGACGGCGAUUUCGCCAUUGUCGAAGCCUCAGGGCAUGCGCACAUGUCCUCCGAGAAAAUCACACUCGGAACGGGCAAAGAAGGAAAUCCAUGUGAUGGCUUCUUCCUCGUCUGCCGCCCAUAUCCAACCGCCAGCAACGCGCUUCUCGACACAUUUCUAGAACACAAGGUUGAGAAUAUACGCCUGAACAGAAGAAUAGCAGACUUGAAAAAGGAAGAAGAGGAGGAACUCCGAGCUCAGCAGCAGUGGGUGCUCCAAUCAGACAACAAUUCGGGAACUAUGAGCCCUGAUGAGAUCGACGCUUACAACAGUGCACCGGGUACUACCACUACCACCACCACAGAUCAGCAGGGUGGUAUGAUGUUGCCGCCUGCUAGACCUAGUGUGUCAAGCUCUGGGCAGAACGGGUAUACUUCUAUGAUUACGCUGGAUAACAAUGUGGAUACUAUCUCGAGAAGCGACACGUCCUCGGUCCUAGACGGCAUUGAGAUGCUCACAGGUCUGCGAUACGGCGAAGGCGAACGAUCCAAGGGCCUGAGUACGGGUGAAAGAGAUGCAGUGUUGGUACAGGAACAAGCAGAUCUCCACCAUCUAGGCUUGAGUUCGGAUGAUAAUGACAAGAAGAAGCGAAUCAAGACGACAGAGGAGUAUGUAUGUACUGAUUGCGGUACAUUGGCGUCUCCGGAAUGGAGAAAGGGUCCCAGCGGUCCGAAGACAUUGUGUAAUGCUUGCGGUCUACGCUGGGCCAAAAAGGAAAGGAAGCGUCAGGGAUCAAUUCAGUCAUCGAAUCAGUCAUGA